AUGCCUUUUGGGAAGACUCCACGUGUAUGUAGAUUCAGAUUCCUCACUGCCGUGCUGUUCACUUUGCAGGCGGGAAGGACUGCAGGUGUUUCAGGCUGUGAAGGUCAAAAUUGUGAAGAUGCCUCAGAGUCGGUGGCUCGGAAAGCUGUGGAGAAGAGCCAUGGAUUCGCCUUCAAGCAUUUCAAUCAAUUCACCAAACAGGCAGCAGACCGGAAGGCGCGGCGUGGGGAAGCGAUGAUCCCUUUCGUUGGACUCACCGAUAGUAGCAAAUUGAACAGGAAUUGUUGUCAGAAUGGAGGUACGUGUGUACUGGGGAGUUUCUGCGUUUGCCCAAAACACUUCCUGGGGAGAAACUGUGAAUACGAUGAACGUAUUAGGAAUUGUGGCAGUAUUCCUGAAGGAGCAUGGAUACCCAAAAAUUGUACUUGGUGUCGAUGUAGCUUUGGAAUCUUGCACUGCAUUCAAGGAUCACAAGAUAACUGUGAUAUUAGAAGAGACUUAAAGGAAGAUCACAAAUAUUACCAAUUACUCUCAGAUGGCUCUCAGCUGCUACCAUUGGGAUAUCUGCUGCUGCCAGUGAUAUUCUUCAACAUGGUGUUAUUUGGACUGUUACCUAACAAUGUAUAUUCAUAAACUGGAAACAUGAAUGUGUUUGGUACUGUCUUGGGAAAUACAGGGAUAUUAUUCUUGCCAAUGACUGAGUUAAUGUGCGGAAUCUAUUGUGGUUUAUCUUCCAGUGGAAUGCUACCAUUAUUUUCCAAUACACUACAAUUCUUUUAUUAUUAAAUAAGAAUAUAUGAGAGGGUAAUGGGUCUGCCUGUGGUAGGUUUUUUUUAGUGCACCUUUUUUGUGAGGCGUAUAAGUGCGAUCAUAGUAGGUGGGUUGAUUGGUGUGAAAUGGUUAUCAUGUUUUUAUUUUAUUGCAUCAGUUAGAAGGCUGGGCAAUAAGGGAGUGUUGCAAUGAUAUAUUCAUGCAGUAUUGCACAUAAGGAAUUGUUCAGAGUAGCCAUGGUCAACAAAAUGGUGCUAUGGUAUCAUUUCU